GGGGUUUUCUUCGCAAAGCGUCUGGAAAUUCUUCAUUGUAUCUCGAGACCUCGAGAGAAGGCCGCCCGCAGGGCCCAAGUCCAAAUUGGCUUUCUUUCGGCGCGCAAAGAAAUUCUUUCGAUGUGGAUGCUCGCGCUCUCGCUCCGGCAGUCUCCCAGUAGCUCGGCGCGGAUAGUCUGUGAGGGCCGCGGAAAAGAAUUCCCGUUGCGCAUGCUCAGCUCGCCAAGCAGCAGCGCUCAGGCCUUUGCCGAAGCGAAUGUCGGAGAGUGGGCCGGCUGGCAGUGCGAAUUCAAGCCGGACGGCACACUCCUUCCGGUCGACGACCGGUACCUCGACGCGGCAACCAUUGAGUAUGGGAUGCAGCCCGCGGGCUUCGAGGUCCUCUGCACGGCGGCCGUCGAGGGCGGCGAACUGCAACGGCGUUUUCUCCGCAUCCUUCCGGCGGAGGGCUGCGCCUGCGACAACCUGGCUGCCGAGAUGUCCGUCUCGCGCGUCUCCUCCGACUCGCUCGACGCCAAGGUGCGCGGCGACGCGACGCUGCGCGUCUUCACGCUCGACGACCCGCCCGGCGACGGCGGUGCGAAUCCCGACGCCAUGGUUUCGAGGCACGUCUCAGAUGCACCUGAGUGAAUGUGUGUCUGGACCACACGCUGCAGGGCCGGACUGGUACCUCCGCACGCACUUUGAGAGCCGAGCGGCGGACGGGGCACGCCUCCGCACCCGGCUGAGCCUGCAGUGGGAUGCGGCAGCGGCGCGCGCCACGGCCACCAC